AUGAAGAUGCGCCACGAGUUCAUCAUCAUUACGUACCCGAGCUACAAGUCACCCAAAGCCGAGCCCAACAGGAAAGUUAUGAUCACCGCCAUCACCAAGACCGCGUCCACGUACGCCGGCAAGUUCAUCAUCAAGACCCGGGGCACAACGGCGAAGCCGAUACAGUGGGUCAAGAGAUAUCACAGCAGGAAGAGCCAUAUGGCCGACACCGAGACUGAGCUUGACACAGCGCUCACGGGCCACGACCUGAACCCGAGGAAUAGUGACGACGACGACGAUGACAGCACCCAGAGGUCGGGCUCUGAGCCGCCGUCGACCAGGAACGCGAUCCCGCACGGGCACUCCGACGACAACAUGCACAGGAACCCGGGGAUUUUUAGGGUGCCCGACCCGAGCGAGGUUGCCGGGAGGUUCAUGCAGUGCCAGGAGAAAGGGUGCAAGGUGACGUCCGGGGCCGCGGAGUUCCCCGCCAUGACGCUCAGGACUGGGUUCUCAUACUGCCUCGACCAUAUCAGAAACGAGGAGGUUACGCACAGGUCUGAGGAGAGGACCGACUUCAGCAACAUGACCCUGAUUUUCUACAACCUCGAGCUCAACAAGGACGGCGAGAUCGAGCAGAUAGGCGCGUGCACGGAGAAUAACAAGACCUUCAGCUCAUUCAUCAAGACCAGCGUGAGGGCCAACACGAGCCCGAUGCUGAGGGCGAUCCCGCAGACGUUCUGGACCAUCUUCGCCGCCCAUCCUGCUAGGGCGAUCAAGGACUUCAUCGCGUGGAUCGACUUGAACCACCAGACGAACACGGGCGGGGAUAAGAACCAGAACAACAUCAUGCUCGCGGCCCACAACGGUUCUAGCCACGACCACAUCCGGUUGAUCAGGAUGAUGAUGAAGCACGGCGUCGACCCGCCCGACUACAGGCUUACGGACACGUUGGUGUUGUUCAAGGUAAUCAAGGGCAGGAACCUGGGUGCAUCUCUCGCCGCCUUGAGGGACAGGUAUGCGCCCUGGAUCCCGCACAUCGCUCACGAUGCCGACAGCGACGCCUCCGUGUUGAGAUACGUGACCGUGAUCGCCUUUAAGGAUACCAAGCCACGCUGCUACCCGUUCGGGAUCUCGUGCGGAGAGUACACCAACCGCACUGGCAUGAACAUGUACUUGCCGUCGCCGGUGGCCACGUUCCCGGACACUUUCUCGUCUCCCGCCCGUCUCGUCGGGUUGCCCUCCCAGGACAGCGACAGUGUGAGCGUGAGCUACGAGACGGACUACAGCGAGUUCGAGUUUUAA